GCGACUCGAUGGAGCCAUUCUCCGAGCUCUCUUAUAGGUCAACCCCACAGUCCAGGUCCGAAUGACAUCCUGCUCUACAUCGAGUAUUGUGUUUUUUUACCAGAUGUGUGGCUACACGGUGCUUUGAUACACCCCGUCAGGUGCGUCUCUCACACAGGCACAAAGAAAGAAAGACAGACAGACAGAGGGACAAUCGGACAGACACAUCCAGGCAGAGAGACAGUCAGACAGACAGAGAGCCAGGAUGAGUCGCCUCCUGAACGUCCUGCGGAGCUGGCUGGUGAUGGUGUCCGUCAUCGCGGUGGGAAACACGUUGCAGAGCUUCAGAGAUCACAGCUUCCUGUCAGAGAAGCUCUACACGGGCGCGCCGGAGUUUGUGAAUGGUCUCCAGGCUCGGACCUUCGGCAUUUGGACGUUGCUGUCAUCGAUCAUUCGCUGUGCCUGUGCCAUUGAUAUUCAGAACAGGACGCUGUAUCACAUCACCUUGUGGACAUUUGUGUUGGCGCUAGGACACUUUCUGUCCGAAGCCUUCAUCUACAAAACUGCCCCUCUGACAAUCGGGGUCAUGGCGCCGCUCAUCGUGGCAAGUUUCUCUAUUGUCGGAAUGCUGAUUGGAUUCCAGUGUGUUCCAGACACUCAAGAAGAAGUGGGAGCACGACGGAAGAAACGUAACUGAGUCCCAGCACCAAACAGUUGUUGAGUGGACUCGUCCUGCUUGUGCUGCUUGUGGCUUUGAGGAGCAUGAGACGUGGAUGUGCUUUCAUUUCAAACUGGGACACUUUCUAAAGACUGUACACAAAACACCCUGCCUCAAUGUAAUUCAUGAUUUUUUAACUGGACAUUUUACAGUGGACAGUGCAAUUACAUGUCAUGUUAAAAUCAUCCUGUUAUGAGUGAGGUGUGCUGAGUUAAGACAUCAGAGAAAUUAUUCAGAGCUGAUGCUCUUCAUCACAAAAUAUCACAACAACUUAAAUUAGCAAUUGUUUUGUUUCUGUGAAAGUUUGUACACCCUGGGAACUUCUGAUCUUUUUUUAAAUUAAAUAAUAAGAUUUUUAAAUGUUCUACUGGAGUAAUAAGCUAAUGAGAUGUAUUUCUGAACAGCUGUGUUAAAUGUGCAGACAUCUUGUUGUCAGGAGUGUGAUUGUGUUCUUACGUUGUUUUGAUGUGUGAUAUCAUGCGCUGCUUAAAUGUUAUAUUUGGGUUCCUCAGCGAGGUGUUUUGCUGAUUGUUUUCAGCGCUGACUUUGGCUUCAUGAGAUGGAUUAAAGUGCAGAAAACACUCACAAACUUUGGUUCAGCCAGGGAGGUGGGGAACAAAACUCCCAUAGAUACCUCCCAAUUUGAAAAAAUCUAUUAAAACAUUUAAAUGGUAAGAAAAACUCUCUGGGUGUAGAAACUUUUUCACAUCACCGUGAAAUGUCCCAAAAAAUGCCACUGAAAUAACACACAACCGACCACAACGUGCGUUACUGACAACCUGUACAAACACUGGUUAACUAGUUUGAAUGACAUGAAAAACAUAAAAACAUUUUCUUGUGCAAAAUGACAGGACAACUGA